UGUGCAUGUACUCACGCUACAUGGGCUACACACUCUCGGUCAAGUGCACUGCAUUCAUCCCGAAUAUCCUUGGCUUGGUCAUGUUGUUCACGCUCGUGUCACUCUACGGACGCUUUCCGCCGAACCAGGACGGAACUUACGGAGGGCGACUGAAGAAAAAGAGACGGUCGUCUUGGAGGCGGGAGAGGAAGUCGACCUCAGAGCAACACUAUUAUCGUGACCUUUCAACAGGGAGUCUCAACGAGAAGAGGGCAAUCAAGAUCUUGAAAGGAACCAAGAUGAAGAUCAGCAAGACGACAAACUUAUAGGCGCGGUUUCAGCCUGCCCGAUUUUGUCGCCUCAGAGAAAGUCACACUCGGUCAACAACGUUGUGGCCCGGGUUCUGAGAUGCACUCCGCUCCGAAGGAAGAACACGUUGUG